CCUCACUACUACAAGACUUGACAUUAGUUUUGCCACUCAGCAACUAAGUCAGUUCAUGUCAUCACCUUCCAGCAAUCAUUACAAAGCAGUGUUGCGUGUCCUUCGUUAUCUCAAAUCUGCUCCUGCCACUGGCCUCUUCUUGCCUUCCAAAGGUACCUUCCAAAUCAAAGCUUUUACUGAUUCAGACUGGGCAGCUUGUGUGGAAACACGUCGAUCAACUACAGGGUUCUGCAUCUACCUUGGAGAUUCACUAAUUUCCUGGAAAACCAAAAAGCAACACACAGUGUCAAGAUCCUCUUGCGAGGCAGAAUACAGAGCUUUGGCAUACACAGGUUGUGAGAUUUAGUGGAUACUAUACCUGCUCAAAGACUUACAAGCAUCCUGUUCAUCACCAGCUGCUCUGUACUGCGACAAUCAAAGAGCAGUUUAUAUCGCCAAAAAUCCCUCCUUUUACGAACGAACAAAACACAUAGAAUUGGACUGUCAUUUCGUUCGUGAAAAGCUUCAAUCUGGCACUCUCAAGCUGCUUCACAUCUCUUCAGUGCACCAGUUGGCAGACAUCUUCACCAAACCGCUCUCCCCAUCUCCAUUCCUCUAAUUACUAUCCAAGCUUGGUGUGCGAAACAUAUGCCCACCAACUUGUGGGGGAGGGGGGGGGGGUAACAGAUUGAAAAUAAUUUCAAUUGCAACGGUCAUCAUCGCAGCGACGACGUAUCAUCCCUAGCGAACUGUUUCUCCUUCUGCUGCGUCGUUUCAUGAGUCAACCCACUUCUCAAACGAUGUUGUUCUAGUGAGACACUUUUACUUGUUGGAACGAUGUCGUUCCCUUCUUCUUUCGGCUGUACUUUGCUUUAGGUCCAAAUCAUGUAAUGUUUUCCUUUCCAAGCUACCAAACAAACCAUCCAUGGAGCUUGUCCUGUAAUGGUUUUCAACUGCCUAAAAGAGGCAGAGUUUCUAAUGAGAAAGACAAGUUUUAGGGUCUUCACCUCACUCCAUGUUCUUUGUUACCCUCGUAGACAGAAUAUCCGGCAGACGAGUAGCCUUCGUCGGAAUAGAAUGCUGAGGCGAUUCACACAGAACUCCACUACUGGAAUUGGAUUCCAGUACAAAGCAGUAAAUUGAAUGACUCUCGUACAAUCAAUUCACUCAUAUCGAUUGAAGAAACUCUAGCAACCUAAUCAGAUUUUAUCUAUCAUAUGUUGAAGCAAAAAUCAAAAGAAGUUUAUAAGGAUUCAAUUGACUCAAUAAGCACACUUCGAUCAAUUAAAACCAAACAGUACAUCAUCCCAAAAGUCAUUACAAUCAAGGUUCCUAACACAUGAAACUAGGGUUCUUCAUACCCAAGUGAGAGAAAGGUUUACUUCAUAGAGAGAGAGAGAGAAAUAGAAAUCAGAGAAAUCAUACUCAUAAUGAUGUAUAUGAUAAGCUCUGGAAUGUAAAUCUUCGCUCCAAGGUCGAAAUCCACACUUGAAUGGUGAAACCCAGCUCAAAAUCGAUCCCAGGGCUUGUUCUUCGUCCUUUCUCUCUCUAAAACUCUGUUUUUGCUCUGAAAACUUGUUUCUCCCUUGUUUGGCUCGAAACAACUUGUUUAACCCAACAAUAGGCAGAACACGGGCAAGGACACGGCAGUAUUCUGCUCAAUCAGCCGGUGUUUUGAAUUCGUCACGUGGGAAACUUAAUCUGGGCGCAGGAGGAUUACACGACCGCUUCUGAAAACAUGGUUGUGCCCCGUGAUGAACACGCACGUGUUUUGGACUCAACGCGCCCAUGUUUUGAAAUCCUCAGCAGGUGCCGCGAACCAACCUUCGACAUAAUAAACACGAUCAAGGACACGGUUGUGUUCUCGAAAACGCUGCCCGUGUUUUGCUCAUGUCUCGACAUCACACUCGCAAUAAAAAGCACUGGCGUGCCUCGGGCGAAACACGACCGUGUUCCUAAGGGAAGCUGCCCGUAUUCCUCUCCAGCUUUGCCGAAUGACCUCCAAACGACCCGAAACUCGCGUCUUGGCCUUCCUUUAAUGAUUAGGACCUGAAAUGUGACAAAAGAGCACAAUCCAGCGCAAAAUAGGCCAAGGAAACACAUAUUCGAGCCAAAGCGGUUAAGAAACAAGGGUGCAAACAUGUGCAAAUAAGAGGUUAUCACACCUCCAGGUCACUCCCAGAGUCGACACACCGGGUCACUCUGACUAGUCAUGGGGUCAAUCACUUUAAGGCACCCUUGGAGUUAGUCACUUCAGAUCACUCAUGUUGCUCUUAAGGUUAGUUACUCUGGGUCACUAUGUAGCCAGAGGUUCCCCAAGUUAAGGUCAUAAAGCUUCUUGAAGGUCAAUGAAGCCCAAGAGUUGUA